ACUUUUCAGUGUUGGAAUAGCACCAGAAAACAGAUGGAAUUUACUGCAUAGCAAAUACUUAAAUUAUUUUUUAGAUGGGUGCUGAAUACUUGAGUUGACUGGGGUCAGUGCAUUUGCCUUUUUUUUCAUAUGUUUUUUGGUUGGGAGGGAAAGAUGCAAAGUUCACAGGUCCUUUCUGUUACCUGAGCAGGGCAGAAUUAACAAAAAUCCUGAAUGCAGAGGAACUCAGAUACUGAAGAUACCUGGAAAUAAACUGGAAACAACCAAUACCACAAGAGCAAAGCAGCAGUGAACAAGAAGAUGCUGUGAAAAAGAAAUCACAAGACGAGAGUGCACAAUGCAUUUCAAAUAGAAAAAAGCUUCCUAUCUGCUGAGUGAGUCUCAGUAUAUUCUGACAGAGCACAGACAAAGCUUCAAUCAAGUAUCUCCUAGCUAUCUCCAAAAGGAUGCUUCUGACUACAGAAAGCAGUAUGCAACAGUGCUAAGGUCCCGAUGACAACACACCAAGGACAAGAAUGGAAGUCAAUUUAUUCAGCAAUUCUACUGUUGUAAACAGUUCAUCCAUCAACCAUAAGCAGUUAGAAGGGCAUAGCCUCUGGGAAGUCAUUACUAUUGCCACUGUAACUGCAAUUGUAAGCUUAAUAACCAUAGUGGGAAAUAUUCUUGUAAUGAUAUCCUUUAAGGUCAACAGUCAGCUCAAAACUGUCAACAAUUAUUACUUGCUCAGCCUUGCCUGUGCAGAUCUCAUCAUUGGGAUAUUUUCUAUGAACCUUUACACAUCCUAUAUACUCAUAGGCCAUUGGACUCUUGGAAGCCUCGCCUGUGACCUGUGGCUAGCACUGGACUAUGUAGCUAGCAAUGCCUCAGUAAUGAACCUCCUAGUCAUCAGUUUUGACAGAUAUUUUUCCAUCACAAGGCCUUUAACUUACAGGGCCAAACGCACACCCAAAAGAGCUGGCAUCAUGAUUGGUAUGGCUUGGCUGAUUUCCUUCAUGUUGUGGGCACCUGUAAUCUUGUGCUGGCAGUAUUUUGUGGGUGAACGAACAGUACCACCUGAAGAGUGCCAGAUACAGUUUCUGUAUGAGCCCAUUAUUACCUUUGGUACUGCAAUUGCUGCUUUUUACAUUCCAGUGUCUGUGAUGACCAUUCUGUACUGCCGCAUUUACAAAGAGACCGAGAAACGCACCAAGGACCUCGCUGAACUGCAGGGCUCAGAGUCUGUGGCAGAGUAUGAGACAAUAAAGCCUCAGAAAACUCUCCUGAAGUCUUGCUUCAGUUGCAAGCAACAAAACUUAGUCAAAAGAGAGGGGUGUCAGGCUUCGUGGUCCUCAUCUAGCCGAAGUACGUCAGCUACGGCGAAGGCCUCCCAGGCAGCGAGUACGUGCAUGGACUGGGCCAAGGCUGACCAGUUAACCACCUGCAGCAGCUACGCCUCCUCCGAAGACGAGGAUAAACUUGCCACUGACCCAGUUUUCCAAGUAACUUACAAAAGUCCAUCUAAAAGUAAGGCAGAAGAGUAUAGUGAGACUACAGAUGUUGUUGUCAAAGACCAACCUGAAGAAAGUGAUUUUGAGAACCAGAAAUACUUUUUGUCGCCUACCAAAGAACACGUACAAAAAAGUAAAAAAUGUGUGGCCUAUAAAUUCCGUUUGGUGGUUAAGGCUGAUGGCACGCAGGAAGCCAACAAUGGUUGCCGAAAAGUAAAAAUAACUCCUUGUUCUGCUGCUCUGUCAAAGGACCCUUCCAUCAAAAGCAUGGAUCCAAAUAUAAAUAACCAAAUCACCAAAAGGAAACGCAUGGUUCUUAUAAAGGAGCGCAAAGCGGCACAGACUUUAAGUGCCAUUCUUUUGGCUUUUAUCAUCACUUGGACUCCCUAUAAUAUCAUGGUUUUGAUCUCCACAUUUUGCUCUGACUGCAUCCCCCUGACACUGUGGCACCUUGGAUACUGGCUAUGCUAUGUGAACAGUACUGUUAACCCCAUGUGUUAUGCCCUCUGUAAUAAAACUUUCAGGAAGACUUUUAAGAUGCUGCUUUUCUGCCAGUGGAAAAAGAAAAAAGUGGAAGAGAAACUAUACUGGCAGGGCAAUACCAGACUGCCAUAGUUGUUCUUGUAUAAGAAAUAAGGCGAUAUAUAGAUAUUGAUGUAACCUAACAAAUUCUGUAUUUUCAAAGCUAUUGCUGUUGUGUCUAGUGGUUAAAAAAAUCUGCUGAAAAGUUAAAUUUUGCAUGAAAGUAGUGUGCUUGGGAUAAAAAUGUCAGUGGCUGCUAUGAGCAACACAGGUUGUUUUUGACUAUGCAGUAGAAUUGCAUUACAAUUAUUAUGUUUGGUGUCUUAUGUCCUUUCUUUCAGCCUGAGAAUAGGUGGAGUAAACUAUAUACUAGAAAUUAGACUGGGAUGAUCAUCCAGUCAUCAGGUUAGGUCAUUCAGUCUGUCUCUCUGUAGAACAGAACUGUUUCUUCCUAUAGUUCUUUGCUAGUGUAUUGUUUAUUUAGUUUUCAGUGUUCCAAGCAAUGCAGCCUGUGCUACCUCUGUUUUGAGGCUUUGAGAUGAAACUGUUGAGAUGAAACAAGGACUAUCUAAAGGGUAAAUGCUGUCAUCCCCAAUACUAAGUGGUUAAGGAGAUUCAUAAUACUUCAAGUGAACACACACAUUAUAGCAAGACAUAAUACUGAGAAAAUUUCUACUUUAAGGAUGACUCUUGUGGAGACUUAAGAACGGCUCAUAGUGGAAGAGCUUAUAGUGGAAGAAAUAGAUAUUGUAUUUUGUACAUGAAGGAGCCAGUCCCAAUAUCAGUUCCAUCCUGCAAGUCACCAUCAUUUUCAAAAAUGGUGACACCUCUGAAAUUUUCCAGUUCCCAGUACCUCUGAAGGAAAUUACGAAAUUUUAUUCAACAGUGACAAGGGUACAAAUCAGAACUGACUGUAUGGCAUAAUGGACACAGUCUGUCUACAACACAAGGAAAGUCUUUUUUGCAAUCUCCUUUGUUGCACUACACCUUGCUCCAAAAGUUUCCAUAACAUUUACCCAUAUAUAGUGAGAGAAAUGGCAUCCUUUAAAGAGGAAAGAUUUUUUAAGCAACUUUUUUAUAUUUCUGUAAAAGUAUUAAUAGCACUUUGAAUUCUUUGUCAUUAAGUAGCUUUGCAAGUACUAGUCAACAUCAGGUGCAUGGAAAUAUAAGUUAUCUUCAGGCACUCUCUUUUGGUCCAGCGAAACCACAUGUGGUACAGAUGUGGCUGAAGUCAACACCCCUGGUGGCUGUGGCUGCUGGGACUGGCUUGUACUGGCCUAGUUAUGAGCUAAGACUGACCAUUGGCUGAGAUUAGAGAGGGCUUUUGGUGCCGAAGCUGAGCUGUCUGUGCCUUCCUGAUGUCUGUGUUAGACUGACAGGAGCCCUGCAGCACUGACCAAGUGAGUGGGUAAGCAAGGGGCUGCCUUCAGCAGAAGGCUUUUGGAAUGGAGCUGGUGACCUCCAUGUGGUGGGAACAAACAAAAAGCUUCAGAAAAGGUCCUGAGAAAACAAAGUUAACAUCAGCAGGAGUCAUGAGGUGUGUAAGUACUAAAGAAAAAUGUUUAUGAAGGAAUGAGAAAGAUAUGUACGCAAAGUUCAAAUUCAGUUCUAGCCUUUCUAUCAAAAUUCUGAGUGAGAUACUCUGGAAUAUUUGAGACAAUUUUCAUGUUAAAUCUACUGAACACUUUAGCAGGACAUUGCAGUGGUGACAUUAGCCAGUUGCACAUUUCAGGGAUUGUAUAAGUCAUCGUGAAUGUACCAUUGCUCUCAGUGAAAUUGUUUGCAUAACGUAUUAAGUUAUCAUACCAUCAGGAUGUUCUCCUACAGAUAGAUAAAUCCUCCAUGUCAACAAUCACAGUACAAGUGAUUAACAUUUUUUUAGCCCCAGUGUCCACGGGGGAAAAUUUUGUCAGUGAAAGAUUAGCAGUGUACUAAUGCAAAAAUAUGUUCUCUAAGGCCACGUGAUUGAUUUUGUAACACACCAUACUGGGCCUCUUAUUUUGUAUGUGCAUCAGCAUAUGGUUACUUAUGAAAGGAAAGCAGAGGUCUUUAUAAAAACUCUUUCAUCAGCUUUGUUCUGUCACUAUCCAGAGCUUUUCCUGUGUACAGUAACUAUGUACAAACUAGUUGUUAGAGUGGGUUUAUUUUAUAUUACAUCAGACCAGUCAUUCAGUAAACUGUGUUUGAUUUUUAGCAAAUGAAUGUGUCUCUCUGGGGGCACAUGCUGCAGUUAAAGACAAAAUUUAUGAGGUAGUAACAGUUCAUGCUAGCUGCAUUGUUAUUGCUGAAAUGAAGCAUUGGCUCUUACUGGAAUUAAAUGGACUAUUUUUGUUGGUUUUGAAAUUUGUUAAUCAAGAAUGUUCUGUAAAUAUUUAUGGACUCUCUGCUCAGUAAAUGUAUUAGAAUACCCAGUGAUGGAUGCAACAAUGUUGGUUCAAUGUAAUUGUGAAAUAUGUGCACAAAUUAUGCUGCUAGCACCUAACCAUGUGAGAGAUUACACGGCCACACAGGAGUACAUUGUAAAUAUCAAGAAUUAUAUGAAGAAGUGUGCGUUACUUUAUUGUUAUGUAGGAUGCUUAUUCUUAAAAAAAAAUCAAAACCUCAAAAGGACAAAUGUGGUCCUCAUCAGAGUAUCUGUUAGUACUUGGUUGUACUUUGUACCUUUUUAAAAAGUGUUGUGGGACUUCUGCAAUGUAGGACAAUCUUGUUAUCUUGUUAUCUGUCCUUUUAAUGACAUUUUUACUGAUUCUGUAAUUGAUUAUUGUCAUGGACUAACGAAAUGCUUUUUGUAAAACUACAUUUUGGUUUCACAUAAUUUCAUAUACAUACAUCUAUAUAGAUAUGUAUGUAUUGUCAAUAUAGAUGCAUAAAUACACAUCCCUAACUAAGCUUUUCAGAGACCCAGUGCCUUUUAUAUUUUAAAGUAUUGAAUUUUCCCACAAAACAGGGAUAUGAUUUUGAUCUCUUCCUUUUCAUAUAUGCCAGCACCCCUACGUAUUCCAGAUCCCCAUAAUUUAUCAACCAACAUUAAUUUUUUGCAAAUAUGAUUUAUGUGUGUAGAUAAAUGUAAUGCUCCUGCAGCUGCUGGGUAGUCAGUGACUUCUCUGUUUUGAAACACAGGCUAAACCUUAACUGUAGAAAAUGAUACGGUGUCUUUUCACUUCACUACUUGGCUUCACCACCAGCAAGUCAGUAAGAGGCCAGUCUGUUUCUUAUGUGGUCUCCCCCAAAUCUCCAUUACUGCCUUUUGAGCUCCGUAAGAAAUAUUCUUACACAAACAUUUGACUAUUGAGUGUCAUAAAAUCUUGAGCUUUAAUAAGCUUCUUGUUUAUGAUUUUAUUAAUAGUUACCCCAUAAGCAGUUAAAGCAGUUUAAAAUUGAUAACAUCAUGUUGUAAAACAGGAGAUAAUCUGUGUUUACUAGGGGUUUCAGAAAGAGAUGGUGUUAGAAUUGUUUUUUCCAUCUUGGUAAAUGUGUUUUUUUACAACUAAGGAAUUCAGUCUUUGUUGCACUCUGUAAAAACACUGCCUUUUACUCAGUAUUUUUGCCAUUGGUCACUAAACGUCACUAGUUUUUUCAUAUGUCUGCUGAUACACUGAAGUCAGUCCUCCUCAAAUAAACCAAACAUUUCAAAUCCUUCAGAAGUUUUCUUCUCAGCAGGUCCUCCUCCAGACCCUGGUUGCUGAUGGCUUCUGUUUCAGUGGACCUCUUAAGCUGGGGAGGCUUUUACUGAAUUCCUGGCUAACAUGCCGAGAUAGAAGCUGAAAUAUCUUUUAAUCCUUACAUGCAGCAGCAGCCUAGACGUAGUGGAGGUCAG